GCUGCUCCAAGGCAGUCUCUAGCAGUUAGCACCAGGGCUGAAGACAUCAAGACCAAAAUCAAGAACUACAAAACCGCCCCCUUUGAUAGCCGCUUCCCAAACCAGGACUGUCUGGACUGCUACAACGGUGAGAAGGCAAUGACAGCAAAGGGGGGUGAUGUCUCCAUGUGUGAGUGGUACUGGUGUGUGUACAAGUCCCUCUGCCCCAUAUUAUGGAUCUCAGCCUGGGAUGACUACAGAGCAGAAGUCACAUUUCCUGGGAAGAUCUGA